AUGUCUCGAUCUCCAGCAAAAAGAUCUGUGACCGUUAUCAGCGACGACGACGACGAUGCGCCAAUCCCCUCCGUCGAGACCGCCAAUCAGGUGGCGCAGCCAUCACGAAUUCCAGACAUCGGGUAUCCAAAUCCACGAAUCUUUCAGCCAGGCGAGGAGAACGAAGCUUACCUGACGCUCUCCAUCGAGUAUGUGGUCAAAGAUCACAAGAAGGAGCGUUCAAUGACCAUGGAAGCUGGAAGGGAUAAGCCAAUUCUCCAUGUCCUCAAUGGCUGGGCCGAUGCGGUGAACAUGAAAUAUCCCACCGUCAACCUUCGCGACUAUCAGUACAGCAUCUUCCCACACGAUCGCAGAAGUGGUGGUCGUAUUGUUCUCCCCAAUCAGAUCUUUCUAGGCCUGCGCACACUACGAGACCUUCACGUCCACAACAACAACAUCCUUCAGAUUCUUCCUGAUUCCACUACCGAGAAUGAGAAUGAGUAUAUCCCUCAGAACGAUCCUCUAGCGCAGGAGGAGGCGAAGGGUGUUAAGAGGAGUGAUAGUGAGAUCACACGACGCCAGACCCGUUCUAUGGGUCCAGCUUAUUGA